CCAUCUUGGCGCCCAGACUUCAUUUCCCAGGCGGCGCGGCGGGGCCAUGUCCGCCAUCUUACCGCCCUCUCCUCCCCCGGUGCGGCUGGAUUGAAUGAGCCCGCUGCCCGCCAACUGAGCGCCAUGUCAGGCACCCCGAGCCGCGGCACCCCCGGCGGGACCCCGCUGUCCCCGACUCGCAUCUCCCGCCUGCAGGAGAAGGAGGAGCUGCGGCAGCUCAAUGACCGGCUGGCCGUUUACAUCGACCGUGUGCGGUCGCUGGAGCUGGAAAAUGACCGGCUGCUGCUGAAGAUCUCCGAGAAGGAGGAGGUCACCACCCGGGAGGUGAGUGGAAUCAAGAGUCUCUAUGAGUCUGAACUGGCUGAUGCUCGAAGAGUUCUGGAUGAAACUGCCAAAGAGAGGGCCAGAUUGCAGAUUGAAAUAGGAAAACUGAGGGCAGAACUUGAGGAGUUCAAUAAAAGCUACAAGAAGAAAGAUGCAGACUUGUCUGUGGCUCAGGGUCGCAUUAAGGAUCUGGAAGUGCUGUUCCAUAGAAGUGAAGCAGAACUCAACACUGUCCUGAAUGAGAAACGCAGUCUGGAGGCAGAGGUGGCUGAUCUGCGUGCCCAGCUUGCUAAGGCUGAAGAUGGUCAUGCUGUGGCUAAGAAGCAGUUGGAGAAGGAGACACUUAUGCGUGUGGACCUGGAGAACCGAUGCCAGAGCUUGCAAGAGGACCUGGAUUUCAGGAAGAAUGUGUUUGAGGAGGAAAUAAGGGAAACAAGAAAACGCCAUGAACAUCGUUUGAUCGAGGUGGACACUAGUCGCCAACAGGAGUAUGAAUCCAAAAUGACUCAGGCCCUGGAGGAUCUGCGAAAUCAACAUGAUGAACAAGUCAAACUGUACAAAAUGGAGCUCGAGCAGACCUAUCAGGCUAAGCUGGAGAAUGCCAAGCUGUCCUCUGACCAAAAUGACAAAGCUGCUGGUGCAGCUCGGGAGGAGCUGAAGGAGGCCCGCAUGAGAAUAGAGGCUCUGAGCUACCAGCUUUCUGGCCUUCAGAAACAGGCUAGUGCAGCAGAAGAUCGCAUCCGUGAGCUGGAGGAGAUGAUGGCUGCGGAGCGGGAGAAGUUCAGGAAGAUGCUAGAUGCAAAAGAGAGAGAAAUGACAGAUAUGAGGGACCAGAUGCAGCUGCAGCUCACGGAGUACCAGGAGCUGCUUGAUGUUAAAUUAGCACUGGACAUGGAGAUCAGUGCUUACCGAAAACUCCUGGAAGGAGAAGAGGAAAGGUUGAAGCUCUCUCCAAGUCCCUCCUCCCGUGUUACAGUCUCUCGGGCUACCUCCAGCAGCAGCAGCAGCAGCACUUCACUCGUUCGCUCUUCCCGAGGCAAAAGAAAACGUAUCGAAGCAGAGGAGCUUUCUGGCAGUGGAACAAGUGGAAUUGGCACUGGAAGUAUUAGUGGCAGCAGCAGCACCAGUAGCUUCCAGAUGUCCCAGCAAGCUUCAGCUACAGGAAGUAUCAGCAUAGAAGAGAUAGACCUGGAGGGCAAAUAUGUUCAACUGAAGAACAACUCGGAGAAGGAUCAAUCUUUGGGUAACUGGAGACUGAAACGACAAAUUGGAGAUGGAGAAGAAAUUGCUUAUAAAUUUACUCCUAAGUAUGUCCUCAGAGCUGGCCAGACUGUAACAAUUUGGGGUGCAGAUGCAGGUGUAUCUCACAGCCCCCCUUCUGUGCUCGUGUGGAAGAAUCAAGGCAGCUGGGGCACAGGGGGAACUAUCCGCACAUACCUCGUCAACUCUGAAGGAGAGGAAGUUGCAGUGAGAAAUGUUACUAAAUCAGUAGUCAUGCGAGAGAACGAAGAGGAAGAAGAUGAAGCAGAGUUUGGAGAGGAAGACCUUUUCAAUCAACAGGGGGAUCCCAGAACAACUUCUAGAGGAUGCUCAGUGAUGUGAAGAAAGAAAGAAAAACAAACAACAAGAACCAACUUAUUAUUUGCUAUUUUUUUUCCACUUAUUUCCUUUUUAUUUUUGCUAUUUUUUCCCUCCAGAGCCACUGAAAACUAUUUUUAUAUGCAUCAUCUGAUUUCUUUGAAGUUUACUCCUUGGUACAUUUUUAUAAAAAAAUUUUAAAAAAAGACUUUACUGAACAAAACUGCCAGAAUUUUUAAUAGAUUUCUUUAUUUUGCCCUUUUUUUGAAGCACUAUCUUGGAAUACAAUAUUUUUCCCCUAUACAGAAUUUAAAGUCUUAUGUACAAACCUGCAGCAGAAAAGAAAUUUUUAGCUAAAAUGGGAUGAGAGUCCUUGAGUGUGUGGUAAAUCUAGAUUGCAUUUAUAACCAGGAUAACUUCAAAAAACCAGAAAUUUAAUACGUGUGUUCAUCUGCAGGGCCCCAGGAGAGAUUCUCAGUAGUGUUACCUCCAUACUUUAUGAAAUGAUAGUGUCUUGCCUGGUAUCUUCAGCAGUUCCCUGCUUAGGAAAAUUAGACUCCAUAUUCAUUAAAAAUCCCACUCCACCAAUGGAAGUAAGUGAGUGAUAAAUGGAAGCUGCUUCUUGGGACAUUCUUGGCUCAGGACCAGGGCAUCUUGCCCUGCUCCAGGGAUCUGAGUCUGUCAGCACCUUAGCUUGUUCCUUCAGAAGAUGGAGAAGGGUGGGUUCUGCCUACUGAAUAUAGACACUAUCUUCAGGUAUGGAAGUGUCAAACCCAGAAUUUUAACUGUUAUUUUCAGGGAGUUUUGACAUUGUCACAAAUAAGACCUUGUUAAACCAUGGACAUAAGCUGUGAUGUAUUUAUGAUGUUAAGCAUGAUUUAAUGCUUUUGACAUAUUCAGCAUUAAACAGAAUUAUUAAGAUUUUUAGAUGUUAAAGAUAUUUUUACUUUUGGCAGGGAUAAAUAUUGGGAAUUUUGAAGGUUAUCCUGUGUAAAUGUUGACUUGUAAAAUCAGAUCUAGAUGCAGCUUGUUUGUCUUUCUCUCAUAUUCAAAGGGGCAUUGUCAGGUAUCUUAAGGAGCAGUAUUUGCAAAAUAGUACAGAAAUAGUUUAAUUACCUUAAAGUUAAGAGGAACUGUUGUUGUUCAGGACAUAAGCUUUGGAGUGUUCAAAUGCUCCAAGUCUCACUAGUGAAGGGAGAGAAAUUUUUUAUAAAAAAUACCUUGUAUGAGUAGCAGGAUAGUUUUAUUUCAGUGUGAUGCAGUUUGUACCUAACAGUGUCCCUUUAGCUUAAGGUUUCUUCUGCUGCAUUUCUGUGGAGAUAACUCCUGUAAGGGUUAGUAUUCAUCUAGUGGUGCAUCUUCAAGCACUAGGUCAAAUACUUGACUGCUUCAAAGAAUGUUUUGGCUACUGUACAAGCAAAUGUAUUUUCUGCUAUCUAUUAGUUUGGAUACAAAAUUUGGAUACCCCUUUAUGCCAGCAUAGAAUCCUGUUUUUACCUGCACUCUUGACCUCUUGCCAUUCAAAUAGACUCAUCAAACAAGAUAAAAGGUUUGGAUGUUUUCGGUGGCUUUUGGACAUUAUGUUCUCUGAACAGUAUUGUGACUGACAGAUAUAACCUAGAAGGUCAGUUUAGUGGCUUUGACUGGUGGCUUUGUAAUGCAAGCAGGGUGGGAACAAAAGGGGUUUUUUAAGCUUACAGAUUUAUUUAGCCAUUUAAAAAGAAAUCAAAUAUGCUACUUUUUCUCUCUGUUUUGAGUGGGAUGACUCAAUUACUGAAGCUGAACAAAGAGAAAUUUAUAAUUGUGUUUUAAUCCAGUAUCAGAAGAUCCAAAGAUACAAAAAAGAAGUAUGAAGCAGUAUGAAAAUUUGGCUGUUUGGGCUAAGGGAAUAACUCAAGUGAUGUAAUUGGCCAUUUUUCUCAUGUAAUUUUCCCACUCUGCUUGAGUAGAAGGUUAAAUAUGUAGUAAAUCAUGUCUUAUCUCUCUGUAAAAUGUUAUCUAGUGAAAUUAUGUUUCUCAGACAUACUGUUAUCAAUUACCUUUUCUAAAUUUGUUGUUAUGCAAAUGAAUGCAAUCGAUGUAAAAGUAUUUUUGCAAUGCACCUUCCAACCACUGGGCAGCAUUUCCCUUUCUGACCCACCACUUCUGUGAUAUAUUUACAUUUGAGGGCUUUUUGCUUAUUUUCUAAAGAUCUGUAUUUACAUUUUUUUACAUUGGCCAGUUUCAGAUUUGCUUAUUUUUCUUUAAGAUUGUCCUGUAAAUUUAAGAUUGUCCUGUGAUCUUAAAUACUAAAGCACUGAGUGUGUAGUUAAUUUCCAUUUUUCUGUGAUUUUUUUGGUUGUUUUUUUUCCUGUAAAGAAUGGGCUGGGAAAGGCAGCUUGAAUGAGGAAAAACCUCUUGAUACCUGAGCCAUAGUUUUCUUAACAGCUACUGUAUGGGGAGUGUUUUGUCUUGUAGCUUUAAGGGCUGGUGCCUGCAGGUCUUCUGCAGUGAGCACUGUGCCCUCAGCAACAGUCUGCAGAGUUUGUCCUUAGGUGUGGAACUGUGUCCUUGACCUUUGGGAACAGUUUGAUUCUUCAGUACCAUGUUUAGGUAUAUUCAGGUGUUCAUAAACCAGUGACUGACACUGUGGGAAAAGCUGAAUGCCAACAGUCUAACUGUGGGUAGUUCUGUCACCACAGUGCUUUGAGAAAUAAUUCCUAGCUGUAAAUUACAAGACACAAAACCUACUGUAUUCCACAUACUUUAUUUGUUGUGUGUGCAUCUUCUCUAGCUGCCAUCCUUUCCUCUUGCUUUUGAGCUUCAUGUAUCAGCACUGCCUCUUCAAGCUGGUGCUUCAUACUGGGAAGUUUUUUGGCUUAACCAAACCAAAAAGCGUAGGUUUUGUUUUUUUUUUUUUUCUUUUAAUAUUUUUUUCAGGAUAAUUAAAGCUUUUUGUUCACAUAAAAUCCAGUGUCCCUUUGCCCUCUUAUUUGAUCCUGUGUGUGAACCACUCUUGAAGAAGUUAGAGGAUAGGCAGUGUUUCUACUCCAGUGUCUGAUACCAGCUGUAGAGCUUGAAGGAGAAAUAGAUUUGACUUGUCAGUAGAAAAAUUAUUUCAAGGUUUCUCAGCUUAGGGAAAUGAGCCACUAUUGUUUCUAUCAGAGUAGUUACUUGAAUGUAACUACUUAUGUGGAUGUUCUUAUUCCAGAAGAAUGAGCCAACAACUUUAUUCUGGAUGAAGUAGUUACAAUUAUUACUAAAUUAUUCUCAGUGGUUAAGAGGGGAAGGAAUAACAGCAUAACAGCUGCAGAAGAGUUAAACCGAUCUUUUCAUUGCGUAGCUUAUAAUAAUGUCAGAUGGUAACCACGUUCUGCCUCCUCCUGGGUUGAUGCUGUGAAAAUGCUUGUUAGAGCAAGUCCCUCCAUCCAGAACCACCCAUUACGUGGUGCUCUGCUCUGUGGGGGCCACAGAGCCCCCAGCAUUUCACACCACUUCUUUCUCCCUUGCUUUUGUUCUAGUUCCUGUAUCUGUUGUGUUGCAGUAACUUACUCCAAGUGACUUAUCUGUGACUUAUUCCAAGUAAAGAGUGGCUGUGAUUCCCUUGUUGCUGCACAGCUUUGUUUCCCCAUGUCUACUUAGGCUAGUUCCUAGUUUUGCCCUGACACAAACAAUAGUUUACCCUGCUGUGUGGAUCACACAGUGUUUGUAGCAGGAACCAAAAGUCUCAGGAAGAAAAGGAACUUCUGCUUCCCAUGACCUGUAAUGUCAAAGCCAGAGGAGCUUGUCUGCAGCUUGCACUGGUCCUUAAAAUUGUACUGCAGUGUGAAACAGACCAGGCUGUGACAGAUCACUUGAUGUGUGUUUGUCCUUGAGCAACUGGACACCUCAUCUUCAGGUUUUUACAUCCUUUUCUUUAUAAUGCUUAUUAAAGGCCCUUUAACUGCAGCCUUAGCAGGGGAUAAUUAGAAGAGGCUUGUAGGAAUCCUCUCUACACCCCAGAAUAUUUGAUCAUCUGUUUCUUUUGUGUGCCUCAGAUGUUUAUGCUGUAUGAAAAGAUGCAUAUUGUAUGUUUUUUAUCUCUUGUAGCCACUUCUGUCACUUCCUCUCUGUUAAGCCAUUCUGUCUCUUCUUUCCUUACCUUCUUUAGAAAGUCUUAUCUCUAAACAAAGACAUCUCCAUAUUUGACACUGGAUUUUAUUGCCACUGUUGGGUCCAAACCCUGUGUGAGCAGGAAAUGACACCUUGAUGUAAACCAGUGAAUGGAAGGUGAGACAGUGAUUGCAUUUUUCAGAGCAUUGUUUUAGCUGAAUGUCAAGACCACUUAUAUUGGAGAGUUUCUUUUCUUACAUAACAUGGCCUGGGAAACAGAAUUUUGAUUUGCCCUUCAAUAUGCUUAGCUUUAAACCAGUUUAAAAUAAUUUAAAGUGUUUGUUUUUUUAUACAAGACCAUAUUUACAUGUAAACAUAAUGCCUUUCUUGAAAUGCUAAGGUCUAGAGAGUGAAGUAGAUCCUUAAUAUUGAAAGAGUCCAUUCAGAAGAGCACAAGCAGUGAAUUGACUUGGAGUUCAGGAAAAGAAAAUGUUUCAUUUAACUUCCACAUUUUCUAGUUAGCUUUUUAAUGAAGUGACAGUUGUGUUGGUAAGGUGGAUGUUUUUGUGUAUUCCAGCUAUCCAUGUCAUCAUCACACUAAAAUUACAAGCAAUAAGCUAUUUUAAACAAGAUGAAGUCAGAAUGCUUUCCAUUUGGACACAAAACAUAAUUGAACUCUAUUUUCAUAACAGUGAUGUCUGGUGACUUGAUUGGUGUGGUUGUUUUUUUCCCCUAACACAAUCUUUAGAUGAGCUCUAGGUCACCUCCAUCAGCUGCUGCAGAGGAGUUUUUGGAAGGGUCAAGUUUUUAAAAUAAGGAAUUUUGGAAAAGGUUGCAAAUGGAAAUAAUAAAGACAAAAUGGUGAAAAUGCUCACGUGGAACUUAAGAAAACUACAUGAUGAUCUAGACUUUACCAUUUCAAAGUGUUAUUUUUUUCCUUUUUAGAAUAUGCAUGCCAAAUGUCUUGUCUUUUUCAAUGAUUUGUAAUAUACAUUUUAUGACUGGAAACUUUUUGUACAACACACUCAAAUAAAUGUUUUGCAUUUUG